AUGAUCUACCACAUAGCUAGAAACACCUGGGGAAUCAGCCAAAAGCAUUUUAAAUUAAUUUACAAAGGGGCAAUCGAGCCAGCGCUGCUGUACGCAGCACAAAUCUGGGGAGAAAGCGCAAAUCUAGUCCACCUAAAAAGAAAGUUGUUAUCAGUGCAAAGAACAUUUGCCAUCAGGUCCUGCCGAGCAUACCGGACGGCGCCGACUGAUGCCCUCCUGGCUAUUGCAAACAUUACCCCCAUCCACAUCAAAAUAAACAGUGUGAUACGGACUUACAAUCUCAUGAAAGUAAACAAAGACCAUCAAACAAAGGGGAGCGAAUUUGCCCCCACCGACAGCGAUUCACAAGCAGAAGAAGAUCACAAAAUAACCCAGCUAAUAAAAAGGCACGGCAUCGACAAUUACAUAAACAACACUGUGGACCAGCACCACCCUGCGGAAAGAAACAAUAUCCAUAUAAGCAGGGAAGACGGAAGCCUUGGACCCAAUUAUAACUGGAUAAUCUACACUGACGGGGCUUGCAACGAGAAAGGCACUGGUGCAGCCGUGGUAAUUUACAAUGGUGACAACACUGUGGCUCACGAAAAAUAUUACAAACUGGCUAGCUUCUGCAACAGCAACCAAGCCGAACUAUGGGCCAUGGAGAGGGCCCUAUUCCUCUUAGUCAAAAACAUCAAAAAUCUCAAGGGCUCCAUCAACAUCUGCACUGACAGCCGCAACGCCAUACGUUGCAUUAAUGGUAAGAAAAAGAAUACCUCCCUGGGUGUAAACAUCCAACACCUGGCCCGACACAUCAGCAAGAAGAGGAAGCUCAUCUUCAGCUGGAUCCCAGGGCACUCCGGCUCCCAGGGAAACAGCAGGGCCGACAAACUGGCAGCAAACAAUAACCAGCUCUCAAUCUCGUUCGACAAAAUUCCCAUAAACCACAUACAUAAGUAUAUAAAAGACAAUACUAUUAAGGAAUGGCAACGUGAAUGGACACAAUCGUCAACGGGAAGAACCACUUAUCAGUUUAUACCAUCUAUCACGAAUAGACAAACCAUGUCCUACCUUACCCCCACCUACAGUAUGACCCAGCUAUUAACCGGCCACGGGAACCUGCCGAGCUACCUGCACAAGAUCAAGAAGAAAAGCAGCGACAACUGCAGCUGUGACGACAUGACAAAAUGUGAUAUUGAACACAUCCUUCUUUACUGCCCCUUGCACAACGCUGCAAGGGAAGAACUAAUAAACUUAUGCACCCAAGACAGUAAGACAUGGCCCUUGCCAUGGGAUUACUUUCUGAGCACAAAGAAGACCUACAAACAGCUCGAAAACUUUGUCUCCCAAUGCGGACUCUUCAGCUAAUAGGGGAACCCCCAACCCUAAUGAGCCAUCAACGAACCAGCAAUCACCAAUGAGGAAGCAAGUCACCGCCCUAGAAGCCCUCCAAUAGAAGAAUUAUACAAAGGACAAAAUGUAUAUGGAA